UGGUUGCUAUGGGCAACUGCACCACUCUUCCUCUACACAGGUUUGGAUAAAUCUCCUCCAAUGACGGGAGAUAGAGAAGAGAUUUUGGGUCAUUCUGAAAUGCUGGUGCCAGGUCACUGCAGCACAGCCCCCAUUCAAUUUAAUGGAACUAAGAUUUGACAGCAGUGGAUAGACCAUAAAUGUAAAUGUCCCAGAAAACCACUGGAAAAUCUCUUUAAUAUAUAUGAUAACUGCCUCUUCAAUGUUCAGCAUCUGCCACCCAGGAGGAGUCGGAGAAGACGGAGGACCAGCCAAAGGAGGAGACGGACGGCGAGCCAAAGAAGAAGAGGGAGCAGACGGACAACAACCGCAGGGAGACCACUGAUGACGCCAUCCUACAGCCGGAGGAACGAGCCGCUUUUUACAGACUCCUGGAUGAAGGACACAUCCAGCUAUUUCUAGGCAGGGACAGCUGCUAUAAGAUCGCGGACAAGGUAGUAUAUAAAGGGAAAGAAUAGAUGUUGUACAGAUAGAAGUAAAUACAGGGAUAUGCUGGAGACAUACAGGUACUGUAUAAUAGAAUGUAUUUAGAUAAGAAAUGUAUUACCAGCCUCUAACUCUUCUUCUCCCUCUAGUAUCUCCUGGCCAUGGUCCUCAUCUACUUCCGAAGAGCCAACCUGCGUACGGAGGAAUAUAACACCUACUUCUUUCCAGCGCUGUUUCUUGCCAACCAGUUUGAAGAGGAUGAGAUGUUUCGACGCGAGAUCUACCCCUGGGCCCUUGGACCGAUGUGGACGGCGAUGAAGACCUGGAUGCUACACCUGCGGAACCUGCUGCUCCUCCGGAUGAGAUUCCACGCUUGGGUGACCAGAGACACCUGUGAUCGGAUCAUGGCACAAGACCCCGAGUACUGGGCAUGGAAGAGAGAGCGGAAGGAACAUCACGGCUGGGCCAUACGCUGGUACCGGAGGGAUCCUGGAGAAUACAUCCCGAGAGGCCCAUGGUGGAUCCCUCCCGCCUGCUCCAUCUGUAUCACCGAUCUGCAGCCUUGUGCCGGGGAAGAGAACACCAAGCGAAGAAGGACGAAGAAAGAAGAACAGAACGGAUGAAGACCAAGCCGCCCUAGAUGUAUUCUUAAGGUCACGUUCCCACUUGGCAUAUACGUAGCGUAUUUGACGCUGCGCAAAGUCUGCAGAAGCAGCGGGA